AUGUCUUCUCUCGUUACAGCGACAUUCGUUCUCUCCAUUCUCGCACCUGUUGGCGGCCAAUAUCUCUUCCCCGACUGCAGCAAUGGACCGCUCAAGUCCAAUGCUGUCUGUGACACGUCCAUGUCAUCGGUUGACCGUGCUACAGCUCUCGUCAACGAAAUGACUCUAGAAGAGAAGUUGAACAGCACUGGCAAUGUGAAUCCUGGAGUACCUCGUUUGGGUUUGCCCGCCUAUGAUUGGUGGCAAGAAGCCUUACACGGGGUGGCCACUCGACACGGUGCCAACUACACUCCCGAAGGAGAUUAUAGUCACGCCACCUCGUUUCCACAGCCGCUUCUCAUGGGCGCCGCAUUUGAUGACGAGUUGAUAUUCGAUGUUGCAACCGUCAUCAGCACCGAAGCCAGAGCCUUUAGCAACGCGAACCGCCUGGGCCUAGAUUUAUGGACCCCUAAUAUCAAUCCGUAUCGCGACCCGCGGUGGGGACGUGGACAGGAGGUUCCUGGAGAAGAUCCAUAUCACUUACAGUCAUAUGUCAAAGCCUUGAUUAAAGGUUUACAGGGUGGUAUAGACCCAGACAGUCCCUUCCGGUAUUGCCUGACGAAGCACUUCGCUGCUUACGAUCUAGAGAACUGGAACGGAAUCCGCCGAUAUGACUUCGAUGCUCAAGUCAGUACUCAAGAUUUAAGAGAGUAUUACAUGCCUCCGUUUCAGACCUGCGCGCGAGAUGCUAAGGUCGGUGCUUUUAUGUGCUCUUACAACGCUCUCAAUGGUGUCCCAGCAUGUGCAAACGAAUACCUGAUGCAGACAAUUUUGCGCGAGCACUGGGGUUGGAAUGCCAGUGAUCACUGGGUGGUGUCGGAUUGUGAUGCAGUCCAGCAGGUGUUCAGCUCAGGCACACACGACCACGCAUACGCGGCGACGAGGGAGCAGACUGUUGCCGACACUCUCUCCGCAGGAACGGACCUAAACUGUGGCACGUACUAUCCAAGCCAUCUAGGCGCCGCCAUCGCUCAGGGACUGAUCCAAGAGUCCGCGCUGGACCAAUCGUUGGUUCGCCUCUAUUCUGCUCUUGUGAGACUGGGCUACUUCGACACCGGCUCUUCACAUGCCUACCGUUCUCUGGAUUGGUCAAACGUGUCCACUCCUGCAUCGGAGCGGUUGGCCUACAACGCUGCGGCGGAGAGCAUCGUUCUGCUUAAGAACGACGGCACGCUCCCCUACGCCAUCACGCCCUCGACCUCGGUUGCGCUGAUUGGAGAAUGGGCCAAUGCAACCGUCUCUAUGCAGGGGAACUAUGCAGGCACCGCGCCCUACCUCCAUAGCCCCCUAUACGCCCUUCAACAGCUCAAUGUGACCGUCAACUACGCAACCGGACCUGGACAAAGCAAUCCGUUGACAGACUUUAUCCCAGCUGCCAUCAACGCAGCCAACAGCUCAGACGUCAUCAUCUACAUUGGCGGCAUGGAUCAAGAAGAUGCCGACGAAGGCGACGAUCGGUACUGGAUAGAUUGGACACAGACUCAGAGAGACCUGAUCUCGCAAGUGGCCGCGUUGGGAAAGCCGUGCAUUCUCGUUCAGAUGGGGAUGAUGCUGGAUUCGUCUCAAUUUUUCGCCAACCCCAAUAUCAGCGCCGUCCUCUGGGCUGGGUACCCCGGACAAGACGGAGGGACGGCGAUAAUCGAUAUCAUCACCGGCACGGUCGCGCCAGCCGGUCGGCUGCCGGUAACCCAGUAUCCAGCGCACUACGUCAACGACGUUCCAAUGACAGACAUGUCCCUCAGGCCGGGGCCAAACAAUCCGGGACGGACGUACAGGUGGUACAACGACGCAGUCGUCCCGUUUGGGUUCGGACUUCACUACACCAACUUCUCCGCGUCGUUUAUAUCGACUACGUCGACCUACUCCAUCGCCUCUCUCAUGAGCAAUUGCACGGAUGUCUAUUCCGACCGCUGCCCCUUCCAAGCAUUCCCCGUCAACGUCACAAAUACCGGCGGCACCACGUCGGACUUUGUGACUCUGGGGUUCCUGUCGGGACAGUUCGGCCCGCAGCCAUAUCCGAUAAAGACGCUGGUCGCAUACGACCGACUGCAUGAUGUCCAGCCUGGAAGCUCGCGGGUUACCAUGCUGAACCUUACGUUGGGCUCUUUGGCGCGGGUCGACGAGCUAGGAAACACCGUCCUCUACCCAGGCGACUACGCUCUGCUAGUAGACCAGCCGACCCAGGCAAUACUCAAUUUCACUCUGACUGGCGACGAGGUCGUCCUAGACGAAUGGCCUCAGCCGCCCCAGCAGGACAUGCGAUAUAGACCGCCGCAUCAACGAAGGGCAUGGCGCACAGCUUCUAAGGAUAGGCCGGCUGCCCAAAUCAACACCAGUCGACCUUCUCCAACUCACACGCAGUCAUAUGGCCACCCACACUGUCUGGAGGAUGGUGAUGACGAUACGAAUGCCGAAACUCAGGGCAUUCGCAACCUGGGUAACCUGGAGAUCGAGGCUCAGAAUAAACUUGACAAUGCCAACGCUGAACCAUUGACUCGUUUACAUACAACAUGUGGAGAUUCAGACGAACAGGCAAUUCCAAGCUUGUCCAACGCGACGACAUGGCCUCACAUAGCAAGACGCAAGUCUACCGCGUCGAUCGCCGCCGCUGCAUCAACUCCGCAGCCUAUGCUCACGCCCAAAGGAGGAGUUGUAGGCCGACCGGUAUAUCUGGAGAACGAGAUUGAAUUCCUGGAAAGGGAAACAGAGCUGAUGGAGUCCUCGGCGCCAACAUCACCUCCCACCAACUCGCAUCCGGAAGUUGACCUCGCUUUUCUACGCCUCUACAGGGCCUUCGAUCUCCCGACUCGAGCCAUCAGAGAUAGCCUCGUGAACAGCUUCAAAGUGUAUUGCAGUCCUUGGAUGCCUGUGAUCGAGCGGGAAGAACUUCAAAGUCUGGGGUUGAGAGCCUGCGAGAUCCAGAGCCGCCACAGGAAUGAAGGAGAAAACACCCCGUCCCUCCUGCUAACUCAAGCGCUCUUUGUGGCCGGAAGCCGCGUUCAAUCCUCUCGCUUCUCGUUCAAUAGCUGCAGCGAAUUCUACAACCGAGCCAAAGCACUCUAUUUUGCGGAACACGAGCUCAAUCCGCUCACCGUCAUCCGUGCACUCUGUCUGCUCCAGUGGUACAACCCCAAUGGACCCGAGUUUGUCUCUAUCCAUUCCAGUGUCUCCUGGCUCAGACUGGCGGUUGGGUUGGCCUUCCAAAUCGGCCUCCAUCGAGAGCCAGAUCCCAGAAACCCAGAUUAUAAAUUACGCCGAAGACUGUUUUGGACACUUGUUGCACGCGAUGCACUUCUAUCAGCCUCCCAAGGUCGACCACGCUCUAUCAACCUCAACGACUGUACUGUACGUUGGCCAACACUUCAUGAUUUCCCCGAGGACAAUAAGCAUGCCCGCCUUUUCCUGAGUUACGUCGACAUAUGCUGCAUUCUCGGCCGCCUGGGGCAAGCUGCCCUGCCCGGUGGCCAUAUUGGAUCGCUCUGUGUUGGGGUCGGCCGCGACUUGUACAGAUGGAGAAGUCAGCUGCCUCCGGAACUCCAGCUAGACAGCUCAAGCGACUUCGAUUUCGAAAGCCGACAACUGCAUAUCCCAUACUUCACUGCCAUCUCCAUAUUGUACGGUCCAGGUCCUGCUGUGCAAAACUGUUCGGUUGCCGCCAUAUUGGCCUCAUCUUGCGUGGCACGGAUUUUCGAGGAUUUCCUGGCCCGCGAUAUGCUUAGGUAUCUCAGCCCGAUUUAUAUCUUCUAUCUUUUCACGGCGGGGCUGCCCCAGAUAUCUGGUCACAAGAUCCCAAUACUGAGAGAAGCAUCCAAGAGGGAAUUCAAGAUGAUCCGCUACUCCCUCCUGGAGAUGAGCAAAACCUGGCAUUCCGCUCACCGUCACUUGGGAUCCCUGAACAAGUUGUUGGCCGCAAUCAACCGUAGCAAUGCUACAGAGUCACGCACAUUCAAGCGAAACAUCGCCUUGAUCGGGCAGAGCCACAAGGACUCCAGCCUCACUGAUCAGUUAUCCCUCUUCGAGAGACUGGGGCCGGAGUUGUGUCCAAAGUGUGAUCUGGUCAUUGGGUCGACGUCCCCAAGCCGCACCCUCCCGUCACAGAAUUUCGUGAACAGCGAGGGGCGCGAACUCCCACUUCACAGCAACGCCGCGACCACCCCUUCUUCGUCUACUGCUGACGACCUAGGCGCCGCUGAGAGUAUCACUUCGAUUGAAAGAGCGGCCGAUCGCGCGAACCAGGUGUGUUUCCGAACGUACAACCCCGGCGAAUGCUUUCAGUUGUCACCUUCGGCCAUGCCAAAUUGGGAAGACUGUAACGACAUACGUACCCUCGAUAUAGACGAAGAGAGGCGCGAAACAGAGCAAGAACCGGAGGCGGUGGAUCUCGGAAGCAGCGCAUUGACUCUUCUGGCACCUACAGACUCGCCACCGGCCUUGGAAAUGGCCAGCAGAUACGAUCUUGAUCCUUCAUCUUACAGAAAGUCCGUCACGAAACAACGUGAGAGUCACGCCUUGUCCGACCAUAUGGGACAGAACCCCACGGCAUAUCUACACUCCCACAGCGACAUAACUGCAGCCGCCGUGGCAGACAGGGAGACGCAGAAGAGAAUAAGCACUAACAUGGGUGGGCCGCCGCGUAGCCAGAGGUCCUCAGUCCGUCCAGCUCAAGCAGAUAUAGCCCAAGAAUCGCAUGGCGGACUUUCAUCAGCCGGUCACAGUGCCCCUGGUGCUAUGAGUACCAGGAGUCACAGUGAAAUUCGACGCCCUCAGCAGCAACGGCAGCACCCCCACUUCCACAACCAUACCGAUCUUUCAGGAUCCGCCCUGGAGAACUAUGGUCUCGGUACGAGGAUCUUGUUCGAACCGACAGAGACCAUGCUUGAUCGCAGCACCGCGUAUAACUCCGACGGUGGGAUUCUCGCGAUGGGGAUAGGCAACACCAGUUUCAGAGGGGACGAGAUGACCCUUGAUGAUAUCCUCGAGUCCGACCGAAGCUGGGUGAUGCAAGAUUGGGAUAGUGGUUAUUUCUAG